GCGGCUCGAAAAUACGGCGAGCGUCACGUUGAGGGCAAGAUACUGACGCACUUCAUCCACUCUCUCACGCUUGAACUCCUCUAGAAAUUAUGUCUGAGCCGUACCGCGAAUGGAUCCUGGGCUCCAUAGACUCGUUAAGGUCGAGAAAAGCGCGACCGGACCUGGAUAGAAUUUGCAGAAUGGUUAAAAGACGACACGGCUCGGACUGGGACCGAACCCGUUCAGAACUGGAGAAACUGAUAGAGGAGCAAGCUGUGCUGAAAGUCAACUACAAAGGCUCAGUUUCCUAUCGCAACGCAGCAAAGGUGCUGAGAGGCAGGAGAAAGGGCGACCAGGGCAAGUGUGCAGUGAAACAGCCGUCUCUCCCGGACUUGAGCACCGGCGACAGCGCGCUGGGUCCUGCGGAUGACGAUCAGAUGGAGGACAUGGAAGAUGAGAUGUCCACAACAGCAGGAAUAGAUAGCAGUAUGGACGAGGAGUGCGAUGAGAGCAGUUUGGAUGCCAUGUGCGCUCAGAGCACCACUGACUCUGGCAUCAGCUUGAGUCCCAUCACAAGCAGUAACAUCAGUCUUCCUGUGACCUCACCAGCCGCCUCACCGACUCAGGAUGCUCUGAGGCUGGACCGGGACAGUGCUUACACUCUUCCUGAGCACACACAGCCAGCAGAACAUCAUGAAACAGGUUCUUUGCCGUUCGAGGAGCAGCCACUGGGCAUCUGCCCUUUAGGAGAGGAGGGGCUGAGGCCUGCGGAGAGCGUGCUUACACCUGAUCCACUGCUGUCAGACUGCAGAAACACACCGGAUGAGUUGGUGAAUUCAGAUGGAGGGCCUCACACCACCUCUGUCCAUGCUGAAGAAGGUGAAAAGUGCAAUGAUGGACCCAAGAGCACGACAGAGAUAGACCUGGUCAACAUUGGAGGGGUGUACAAGGCAAAUGAUGUGGUAAAGGAGGAAAUUGGGCAGGACCCUUUGCAUUGGAGCGUGGCUGACGUGGUCAGUUACUUCUCUUCUGUGGGUUUCCCGGAGCAGGCUGUGGCUUUCAGAGCACAGGAAAUAGAUGGAAAGUCCUUGCUCCUGAUGCAGCGCAGUGAUGUGUUGACUGGUCUGUCAAUCAGACUCGGUCCCGCCCUCAAAAUCUAUGAGAAUCAUGUGAAGGUACUGCAGAGAAGUCACUUUGAGGACGACAACCGCCUCUUCUCAUAGUGCUCGUUAUCAACAAAAACAGACUUUAACCCUCUGACUUGGAGCGUUGGAUAUUAAAUACGGGGAGAAUGGAACUCUAUAAGACUUGAUUUGCACAAUCCUCUUCAGUUUGUCAUGUUUUCUGUCUCGUGAGGACAUACCGCAUGAUUCAGCCUGUCUUUGUCCUUCUGUCCAUCCCUCACAGGGCUGAUGGGACUACUCAUCUUAAGUGUUAUUUCUCCAUGGUGGAGCAUCUCAUUCACCAAUAUUGUUCCUAUUAUUUUUGUCAGAGAUCAUUAGCUGUGUUGCAAUACUAUAUAAACCAUUUUUCGUCCUAUUAAAUGUACUAUGAUCAGCAAUGUUUUACAGCAGUCUUAAAAUAAAAAUGUAAAGUUAGGAAAUAAAUUCCACUUUCAGAAUCUAAAAAAUGGCACUUGUGGCAUCAAUCAUUCCUGUUUUGAGUUACUGAUGCCUUGAUUCCAGGACUGGACAGCAAUACAGUUAUCUGUAACAGAUGUGCUCAUAUUAGAGUUCAUAGUGAAGGCACAAUUUGAAAUAAUUCAGGUGAGUGAAUCUCGUGAAAACGUGUAGAUCCGAUUCCACCCCAAAAUCAACAGCAAAAAGAAAAUGUUUCUGGGCCAUUAAAAUAGUUCUUUCAUUAUUUCAUGACAAGCAAGCACAAUUUCCCCCAAAAUAUGAAUUACUGUACUACAUUUAGACACUGAACUGUACUUUAAAGUUUGUUGAAACAGUAAUGUCUUUAUUA